CCUGUCACAUCUCCAUGUAUAUCACCAAACUACAAAGUAAGAGAAACUAAGUGAUAUGUCUGGUAGUGAAGAAAUGUCAAAAGCUCUCAACGCCACUACUCCGGGUUUUCCCGAUAUCCCAUCUACCAUCGUUCGAGCUACCAUCGUCCAGGCCUCCACUGUCUAUAACGAUACUCCCAAAACUAUUGAAAAGGCAGAGAAGUUUAUUGCGGAGGCGGCUAGCGACGGAGCGCAGCUGGUGGUGUUCCCCGAAGCGUUUAUCGCUGGCUAUCCUCGUGGAUACAGGUUCGGCAUAGGAGUCGGUGUUCAUAACGAAGCUGGUCGUGACUGUUUCCGCAGAUAUCAUGCUUCUGCCAUUGUGGUUCCUGGCCCUGAAGUAGACAAACUGGCAGAGAUUGCUAGGAAAUACAAAGUGUACUUGGUGAUGGGAGCGAUGGAGAAGGAUGGGUAUACACUCUAUUGCACAGCCCUUUUCUUCAGUUCCGAAGGUCGCUUCUUGGGUAAGCACCGUAAAGUCAUGCCAACAUCUCUCGAACGUUGCAUUUGGGGUUUCGGGGAUGGAUCAACCAUCCCUGUCUACGACACCCCCCUUGGCAAACUCGGUGCUGCUAUUUGUUGGGAAAAUAGGAUGCCCCUCUACCGAACUUCCUUGUACGGAAAAGGAAUUGAAUUAUAUUGUGCACCUACUGCUGACGGUUCCAAGGAAUGGCAAUCGUCAAUGAUGCACAUUGCAAUCGAGGGUGGAUGCUUCGUGCUGUCGGCUUGCCAGUUCUGCCUGCGUAAAGAUUUUCCUGACCAUGCAGAUUACUUGUUUACCGACUGGUACCCAGAUCAACACCAAGAGGCUAUUGUCUCCCAGGGUGGUAGUGUCAUUAUUUCACCAUUGGGAAAGAUUCUUGCUGGACCAAAUUUUGAAUCAGAGGGCCUCAUCACUGCUGAUCUCGAUCUUGGUGAUGUCGCAAGAGCCAAAUUAUACUUCGAUGUGGUCGGACAUUACUCAAGGCCAGAGAUAUUUAACUUGACAGUAAAUGAGACCCCAAAGAAACCGGUUACAUUCGUAUCCAAGUCGGUGAAAGCGGAGGAUGACUCAGAGCCUCAAGACAAGUAACCAAAGAUAUAAAGGUCCUCUCCCAUCUCCACAACUACUUGGAGUUAAUGUCAGUCAUGUGUUAUUGUCAGUUCAAAUAAAUCUGUUUAAGUUUGUUUAUCCUUAUGUUCAAUAAUUUGAGAGACCUGGUUGGAUAUGGUUUGAUCUGCGUUGUCUGAUAAAACCAUUCGGUUCUCUUCUCUUGUAUUUGAAUAUUAUGCAAUUUACUUGAAGGUUGAAAUAAUGUUUUA